CCUCUAUAAAUUCCUCCUCUUAAUUUCUCUCUCUUUCUUCCUAACUUUACUCACCUUCUGUCUUUUCUUUCUCUCUCUAAACUCUAACCAACAACAGCAACGCCAAUGGAAGAUUCAAACAUCCAUUACGGCUUCGAGGAAGCCACCGCCACGGCCGUGCCUACCGCCAACCACGGCUGGCAGAAGGUUACUUAUUCCAAGAAAAGAAAGAAUCAGCAGCAGGACAACAAGCAGAAGCCCGCCACCGCGGUCGCCGCCUCCGUCGGUUCUUCUGUUGAUAAGGAUGGAAACGUUUUCCGAGCAAUCGAGCAGCAGUCGGAGGAUCGCCACCGUCGAAUUGUGGAGGCGCAGAGGAAAUCUGCUGCUUUCGAUGAUGACGAUGAUGUUGCUCGGAAGCCUAGAUCGAAGAAGCGCGAUGAUUCCGAUGACAGUGAAUCCGAUAAGGAGAGAGAAAAUGGUAAUAUCGUUGAGAAGGGUGAUAACAAGGAGAAGAAAAAGAAGAAGAAGGCUGAUAAGAGACCUAAGGUGUCGGUUUCGGAGGCUGCGUCGAAGUUGGAUGCCGGUGAUUUGUCUGCAUUUCUCAUUGAUUUGUCGGGUUCUUAUGAAUCUCAUGAGGAUAUACAAUUGAUGCGAUUCGCGGAUUAUUUCGCACGGGCUUUUUCAGGGGUGAGUUCUGCCCAGUUUCCGUGGGUUAAGUUAUUCAGGGAAUCUCCAGUAGCGAAACUAUCCGAGAUCCCUAUCUCCCACAUCCCUGAUGCCGUUUAUAAGACAUCGAUUGACUGGAUCAGUCAACGUUCAGUGCCCGCCCUUAGUUCCUUUGUAAUUUUGCUACUGGAUAGUAUUCUUGCGGAUUUAAACCAUCAAGUCCCUAACGUGAAGAAUGCUAAAAAGGCAACUCAACAGGCACAAUCCAAAUCUCAGGUUGCUUUAUUUGUGGUUUUGGCAAUGGUCUUAAGGCGAAAAGCUGAUGUUCUUGUUAGUUUGCUGCUUACAUUAAGGGAGAACCCUAAGUAUCAAGGACAAGAGAAGCUUACCGUCAUCAUAUGGAUGAUAUCUCAGGCCUGUCAAGGAGAUUUGGCUGUUGGCUUAUAUGCUUGGGCUCAUAACCUCUUGCCAUUGCUCAACAGCAAAUCCACUAGCAAUCCACUUUGUAGGGAUCUGAUUUUGCAGUUGAUUGAAAGAAUUUUGGUAGCCCCAAAGGCUCGUUCUAUCCUGGUUAAUGGAGCUGUUAGGAAAGGAGAACGUCUAAUCCCUCCAGCUGAGUUAGAGAUUUUGAUGCGGGUUACAUUCCCUGUGUCAUCUGCCAGAGUAAAGGCAACUGAAAGAUUUGAGGCUGUCUACCCAGUCCUGAAAGAAGUUGCUCUUGCUGGCGCUCCUGGAAGCAAAGCAAUGAAACAAGUUACGCUGCAGAUAUUUGGGUUUGCAAUUUUAGCAGCUGGAGAAGGCAAGCCUGAGCUGGCUAAAGAAGCCACUGAUAUCACAGUUUGGUGCUUGGCUCAAAACAGUGACAUUUAUAAGCAAUGGGACAAAGUGUACCUGGAUAAUCUGGAGGCAAGUGUCUCCAUUCUGAAAAAGCUUUCUGUACAGAGAAGGGAACAGCAUGUCAAUCAGUCAUCUAUUGAGACUGUGAAGCAGACUGUGAAGAGUUUCCAGCAAAAGAAUGAAAAGGCAUUAGCUGGUGAGAGUUCAGGACAAGCAGCUCUCCUCAAGGAUGCUAACAAGCACUGUAAAGUGAUUUUGGGAAGAUUAUCACGUAGUCAUGGCUGUGUGAAAGCCUUGUUUUUGGUUGCUGUUGCAACGGCUGUCGGUGCUGCUGUGAUGUCUUCUAAUGUGGAGUCGUUUGAUUGGAAGAGGGUAUCUGUGAUGCUCAGCUCCUUUCAAUCUUUCUAAAAUAAGAACGCUUAGUGGCCGUGUGGUGCCACUUCUGCUGUUCACUUGGUUCAUAAUAUACAUGAGAGGAAGCAGCAUCAGCAAGUUUACCUCCCGCAAUAACCAUCUAAAUAGAUCGUCGGAUACAUGGAGUUAGGAUGAGAGGAUCGCCACAAGGCUCACGGCUGUACUUGAUAGUUUAAUUCGGUCCUUGACAUUUUUGACCGAUUUGAUUUUCUGUUAAUUCAUGUUAGUAUAAUACUUGACACACAUGCCUGUAUGCUGUAUUUGUGGACUAUGAUCUUUAAUUUAAUUUACAGGGUGUUUAUUUA